CCGAAAGAGGCCGUCAUCUUCUUAACGCUCUCCACCGGUUCGCCGUGCAUGAGUCGUCGUCACCAAGACCAACCGGCCGUUGCUCUGCUAAAACGUUACCUCCAAAUUAGCAAGACCGUCGAUCAACUGAAACAAUCUCACGCCCUCAUUCUCAAAACCCUGACUGGACCAGACCCACUUCAUUGCGAGAACAAACGUCUUCUGCCCUUUUUGCUCACCAAGCUCUUCCAGUUUCCCAGUGAAAACCUUCGUUAUGCACGCCACCUGUUCGACGAAAUACCCCACCCAAAGACCCAGUUCCUUUGGGCUUCUAUCAUCCUUGCCCACGUUGCCUAUGGCCACUUCGCCCGAUGUAUCUCUUUGUACGCUCGAAUGCACCGCGCGGGCGUGUCGCCGUCGGCGUUUAUCUCCUCGUCGGUGCUCAACGCUUGUGCUCGAGUGCCGGUCCUCUUUGAAGGCAAACAAGUCCACACAAGAGUACUAAAUCUUGGUUUCUUGGGGAACAAGAUUGUGGAAACCGCUCUCCUGGACAUGUAUGCCAAAUCUGGGGCCGUAUCUGAUGCAAGGAAUAUCUUUGAUGGUAUGGGUGGGAAAGAUGUUGUAACAUGGACCGCAAUGAUACGUGGGUAUGCCAAGUUGCGCAUGAUGGAGGAUGCACGGCAGUUGUUUGACGCGAUGGAGACCCGAAACGACAUGUGUUGGACAACCAUGGUCGCAGGGUAUGCAAAUUGCGGUGACAUGAACGCGGCUAGGGAGCUGUAUGGUAAGAUGACGGACAAGAAUUGUGUUACUUGGGUUGCUAUGGUUGCGGGUUAUGGGAAGAUUGGUGAUGUGACUAAAGCGAGGGGAGUGUUUGAUGAGGCACAAGUGAAGGAUGCAGCAUGUUGGGCAGCGAUGUUAAGUUGUUAUGCACAGAAUGGCUAUGCAAUGGAUGCUUUGGAGAUGUAUAGGGAGAUGAGGAAAUUGCAAGUAAAAAUCAAUGACGUGGCCAUGAUAGGGGCUAUUUCUGCUUGUACACAACUUGCAGACAUAAAAAUGGCAAAUGAACUGGCUGUGCAUGUGGAGGAAACAUGCUGUAGAAGGACGAACUUGGUAUCUGGUGCACUGAUCAACAUGCAUUCAAGAUGUGGAAAUAUUGAUCAAGCACAGAACGAAUUUGAAAAAAUGAAGAACAAGGAUGUUAUAUCCUAUAGUUCAAUGAUUAGAGCCCUCAGCGACCAUGGGAAGGCUCUUGAAGCUCUGGAGCUGUUCCAGGAGAUGCUAAAAGAUGGUUUUAAACCGAACCAGAUCACUUUCGUUUCUGUACUUAGUGCUUGUAGCCAUGCUGGAUUGGUGGAAGAAGGAUUCAUGUAUUUCAGUCGGAUGACAGAGACUUUCGGUAUUGAGCCAUUGAUCGAACACUACUCAACCAUAAUUGACCUCCUUGGAAGGGUUGGCCAGCUCGAGAAGGCAUACAAUAUUGUGAUGAACUCUCCGGGCAUCUGUGAUGCCGGUGUCUGGGGUGCUCUACUAGGAGCUUGCAGGGUCCAUGGUAACGUGGAGUUGGGAGAGAUGGUAGCGAGAAAGCUAUUUGCGAUUGAGCCUAACAAUGCUGGAAAUUAUAUGCUUUUAGCAAGUAUUUAUGCAUCUGCAAAUAGAUGGGAGGAGGCAGAGAAAGUGAAAAGGCUGGUGAGUGAAAGAGGAAUGAGAAAAUUACCCGGAAGUAGCUGCAUAUGAAUGUGAAUAUAUCGGUUCGACUACAUUUUCUGGGAUAUCUCGUCAAAGAGGCAUCCUUUUCUUCCCUUUAUCGCCGCGGGAGGUCAAGAAGGGAGAAUAAUUUGUCGAUUACUCUCGAUGAAUGCUUCCUCGACAGUGCAGGUGAUUAGUUUAGUCAUCAUCGAGUGAUAAUGGGAACGGCCCUCAGACUGAAGAAUUGAGAAGUUGGCGAUUUGUCGAACGUCAAUGCAUUCGUGUAAAGUCGAACUAGGGCAAUGAGUGGUAAGAAAGUUCUGACGUAUUUAUGACCCGAAGCCAUAACCCACAAUGAUCGGUGUGAUCCGCACUCAAAACGGUCACGGUCGUGUUUCUAUAAGCGAGAUGGAGAGAGCUCUAGCUUCCAAUCCGUUGAAUACGGCAUACUUGGUGCGGGACAUACUUCCUGCAAGAUGGAAGAGGGUGGUUUACUGCAGAGAACGUAACAAUCUCUUCGUCUUUACUUGAUUGCCAAUGCUGCUAACUUCCUCCAGUUGGGAUGCCCCUUAUCGUUUAGGUUGAUCUUGUAAAUUAUGUUGCUGAAUAGCGUCGUCAUCUCUGAUGCUUCAUUAGACUCA